AUUUCUAGAUUUAUCACGCAACGACUUCAGUAACUCGAUUCCAAGUUGCUUGGGAAGCAUGUCUAGUCUAACAGUGUUGGACUUAAGAAGGAACAAUUUCACAGGGAGUCUUCCCCCAUUAUGUGCAUAGAGCACUUCAUUGAGUACCAUUGUCUUGAAUGACAAUCACUUUGAAGGAAUUCUCCCUAUGUCGUUGCUCAACUGUAGUGGUUUAGAAGUUCUUGAUAUGGGGAAUAACGCUAUAAAUGACACAUUUCCUGCUUGGAUAGGAACACUUGAACAACUGCAGGUCUUAAUAUUAAAGUCUAAUAUGUUCCAUGGACCAAUUAGUACUUGUCAGACUACGUUUUGCUUUCCGAAGUUGCGAAUUUUUGAUCUUUCGCGUAACAAAUUCAGUGGCUCACUCCCUGCAAAAGUUUUUGGAAACUUCAAGGCAAUGAUUAAAUUAGAUGGUGAAGACACAGGACAGAUCAAGUACAUGAAAGCAUUUGACACAUCGUAUGAGGAUUCUGUGAGUUUGGUGAUCAAAGGCCAGGAAAUUGCGCUAGAAAGAAUCAGCACAAUUAUGACAACCAUAGACCUCUCGAGCAACUAUUUUGAAGGUGUCAUUCCGAAAACACUAAAGGAUCUCAGCUCACUUUGGCUGCUCAAUUUAUCCCAUAACAAUCUCAUAGGUCAUAUUCCAAUGGAAUUGGGGCAAUUGAAUAUGCUUGAAGCGUUAGAUCUCUCUUGGAACCGGCUCACUGGAAAGAUUCCGCAGGAAUUGACAAGGCUAACAUUUCUGGAAAAGUUAAACGUUUCUCAGAAUGUUCUCUUCGGACCAAUUCCUCUUGGUCCACAAUUCAACACAUUUGAAAAUGACUCGUAUGGCGGUAACCUUGAUCUAUGUGGUCCUCCUUUAUCAAAGCAAUGUAGAACGAGUGAUCCAUCCCAUGCUCCUCAACCAUUGGAGUCUGAAGACGAGUCAUAUUUUUUUAGUGGAUUUACGUGGGAAUCAGUAGUCAUAGGUUACAGCUGUGGACUAGUUGUUGGAACUGUUGUGUGGAGCCUCAUGUUUAAAUAUCGUAAGCCAAAAUGGUUUGUGGAAUUUUUUGAAGGCAUUUAUCCCAAGAAAAUGAGAAGGUCAAUGAAGAGAGCUCAGAGGCGACGGACUUAAUGGAAGAUUGCAGGAGUGGACUUUUCUGUUUUUUUAAUUUUCUUUUUUUUGUUUGUAUAUGCUUGAUAGCAAUAUAAUUGCAUGUAUUAUUUUGUGAAUUAAAAUUAGUGUUCUUAAUCUUUG